UUCAACCCUCCGGGAGCGAAGCUGCAGCCGUGCAGGGGCCAGGAGCUGCAGAAGUGGCGAGCGCUCCCUACUUUUCGCGGGGGCAGCUUUUUGCGCGUGCAAACGCCUCCUCUUGCCACGCAAGGUGGCGGAGGGAGACUCCAGGGCAAACGACCUCUUAGGACCUAGGGGAUUUCCCCCCCUCCCCCAGAAGUUUAAAAGAAGCGUGCAUUUCAUUUUUUAUUUUUAUUUUAUUUUAUUUUGCGAGUUGCAUGGUUCAGACGAGCGGGCAUUAUCAUUAAUUCUUGCAAAGGGGAGGACAGAGUAAUUGCUUGCAAAGGGGAGGGCAGAGUUGCCUCUCCUCUAUUUUUUCUUCUUCUUCUCUCUCUCUCUGUCCACCCAGCACUCCAUUAGAUUUGUAAAGAGAGCACCCUUAGGCGUUAGAGAUGGCUUCCAGUCCAAACGAUUCGGAUCCGCACUCCCAGCAAGGGGAAGACGAUCCGAAUCCAAAUAUCAGUCCUCAAGAAGAGCUGGAUUUCUCGAUUUUAUUUGAUUAUGACUAUUCGCAGCCAGUAGCAGAAGAACCGACUCCUUCACAUAAAAUCAUCAGCCCACCCACUGGAGUUACUUACCCUCAUGAUGAUGUCUCGGAUUAUGGCCUCAAGCCGUACCCCUUCGCUUUGUCUAGCCUUUCGGCAGAUCACAUGGGCAGAUAUGGACAGCCAGAUAGCAUAGGGUCAAAAUGCUACUUGGACCCUCUCAAGGCUGCAGGUCCCCCUACUUUGAGCCCUAGGAUUGAGAUAACACCAUCUUAUGAACUGAUUCACUCAGGGGGGGCCUUCAGCAGCAGAGACGCAGAUCUAUUGGUAGAGCAUCAGUCCAGCUCAGCUACCGCUAGCCCAAGGUUUACCCUGCCGGUCCCUGGCUUUGAGAGCUACCGAGAACCGCUGUGCCUGAGCCCUCCUAGCAGUGGCUCCUCUGCAAGCUUCAUUUCAGAGACAAAUUUCUCUCCUUAUACUUCACCAUGCGUUUCACCAAAUAAUGGCCCUAGUGAUGACCUGUGUCCACAGUUUCAAAACACCCAUGCUCAUUAUUCCCCUAGAACCUCGCCAAUAAUGUCCCCACAAGCAACUGUCGUGGAGGAUACCUGCUUGGGGCCACGUUCACCAUCACCACGUCCCAACUCAAGGUCGUCAUCGCCAGGGGCAAAACGGAGGUACUCUUGCACUGAGCUCUACGGGAGUCAGCACCCACACUCUUCUCCACGGCAAUCGAGGACCCCUUCUCCACAGGCCUCUCCCCACGUCUCCCUGAGAGAAGACGGAGCGACAGUCACUUACACCCAGUUGUCCACCUCAUCUAGUCUCAUGGAUGCCAUGAACAAUCUCACCACUGACCCUUCCUGCGGAGUUCCCACAAAAAUAUGGAGGACCACUCCGGAUCCUUCGCCAUUGGUUUCCCACAAAGCCAGUAUGCCAUGCCAUGUGCUUCAACCCAUCGAAUACAUUGGAUCCUGUGAGCAGGAGAAUCGAAGGAACCCACCGCCAGAUUCAAUCCUUUUGGUGCCGCCAUCUUGGCCGAAACAGCUGAUGCCUGCGAUACCAAUCUGCAGCAUCCCUGUUCAGUCUCUUCCACCUCUUGAGUGGCCACUUUCCAGCCAUUCGGGCUCCUACGAAUUACAGAUUGAGGUGCAACCCAAACCACACCAUCGUGCUCAUUACGAGACGGAAGGGAGCCGAGGGGCAGUCAAAGCACCAACAGGGGGACACCCUGUGAUUCAGCUUCAUGGUUAUGUGGACCACAAGCCCUUGGGCCUUCAGAUCUUCAUUGGAACAGCAGAUGAGAGGAUUCUUAAGCCACAUGCUUUUUACCAAGUCCAUCGCAUCACAGGAAAAACAGUCACUACCACCAGCUUUGAGAAAAUCAUUGGCAACACCAAAGUGCUAGAAAUCCCUCUGGAGCCAAAAAACAACAUGAAAGCAACCAUUGACUGCGCAGGAAUUCUCAAGCUGAGGAAUGCAGACAUUGAAUUACGGAAAGGAGAAACAGAUAUUGGCCGAAAGAAUACUCGUGUGCGAUUGGUGUUCCGCGUGCACAUCCCUGAAUCUAGUGGCCGGAUAGUUUCUUUGCAAGUUGCAUCCAACCCCAUUGAAUGCUCCCAACGUUCAGCUCAUGAACUUCCAAUGGUUGAAAGACAAGAUGUGGACACCUGCCUUGUAUACGGUGGACAGCAAAUGAUUUUAACUGGCCAGAACUUUACAGCGGAAUCCAAAGUCAUCUUCACAGAGAAGACACCAGAUGGGCAGCAGGUUUGGGAGAUGGAGGCCACAGUGGACAAAGACAAGAGCCAAUCUAACAUGCUGUUUGUAGAGAUUCCAGAAUAUCGGAACAAGCAUAUUCGUGUCCCCGUUAAGGUGAAUUUCUAUGUUAUCAAUGGGAAACGGAAAAAAAGUCAGCCACAGCAUUUUACCUACCAUCCAGUGCCUUCCAUAAAAACAGAGCCCAUUGAUGACUAUGAUCCAAGUUUAAUCUGCAAUACAGUACACAGUGGUCUGAGAACAGUAACACAGCCUUAUUAUUCACAUCAUACAAUGGCCUCGGAGUCUCCUUCCUGUCUUGUGGCUACAAUGGCUUCUUGCCAACAAUUGCAUUCAAAUCUCUCUUCUCCCGAAUCUCAGUAUCCUUCACAAAACCCAGGAGCUAUAAUAUAUCAAAGAAGCAAGAGUCUCAGUCCAAGCCACCUGGGCUACCAGCAGUCCAACUUGAUGGGUGCCCAGGUGCCCAUCCCAGAUGUUCAUAGGUCAGUGCUUGUGCACACAGGAUCCCCUAGCCAAAGUUCAGCAAUGCUCCAUCAUUCCCCAGCCAAUCAGCCACCUUCUCCAGUGAUUCAUUGCUCUCCCACAGCCAAUCAUCAGAUGAGAUGUGAAAGCCAUCAAGAGUUUCAGCAUAUAAUGUGUAGUGAAAAUUUCACAUCCAGUGGAGUGAGGCCCCAUCAGCCUCAUGUCAACCAAGCACAAAGGUUAAGCCCAAAUUCUUAUCCUACUGUGAUUCAGCAGCAGAGAACGGCCAAAAAUGGACCACCAGUAAAUGAUCAGAAGGAAGUGGUAUCAGCUGGAGUCACUGUAAAACAGGAACAGAAUCUUGACCAAGCUUAUUUGGAUGAUGAGCUGAUAGAUACACACCUUAGCUGGAUACAAAACAUUAUAUGAAACAGAAAGGCUGUGCUUUUUUGAUCCAAGCAAACAAAGUCCCAGUUAAUGAAAUUAUCAGGAAAGAGUUUUCUGGACUCCCUGCCAGAAGUCAGACAUAGAAGAUGAGAUUUAUGAGACAACUUUUGCAGACAACUUUUGCAUCUGUAUCUGACUUCUCAGAUUCUUCUCUUGUCCUGCCUGCCUUUUGUUUCCUCAACUGAUACAUCUCAAGGCACCAGUUCAAAACCAGGAACAAUGCACUGGCAUCCAGCUGACAAUUUUAUGUAAGCCACUCAGCACCUCUCACUGUAAACAUCAAAGAAAACGCUCUUCCUUUUGUCCAAAGAUCAUGCAGUUCUCAUGUAACCUUGCAAGUGCCUGACGUAGAUUACUGAAUUGUCUAAGGAUGGAUACAUGGACUAGAAAUGACAAUUGGGGGAGGGGGGAAGGUCCAGAAACUUUUAUUGAACUAAAGUAUGGUUGUGUACAUGAAUGCAUAUUAUAGAUGGAUGAAUUUUACAAUUGCCAACUCAACAAAUAAUAAUAAUAAUAAUGAAUCAGGUUUCUCAAACAGUCACAAUGCAUAGCCAGAAACAAAAUUUAAAAUUUCCAAUACUCAAGCAUUGAACCUCCCUCCCUUAAAUGAAAGGGAACAGAUCUAUGUAUGCAACAUUAUUUUUAUUCUUCUUUCAAACAGAAGGAUGACUAUUGCUCUGCACAGAUUCACAGUCUUUUUAAAAAAAAAACACCAUCAAAGUGCAACAAGAGGCUGCUGCAUGGAAAAUGGAGGGAAAUCAUCUGUUGGGGGCACAGCUUCUAGUGCGAAUGUAAAGUAGCUUUUUAGUUGUAGCUUUGUCAUAUCUUUGCUCUAUUUUUAGAUGCACCAUAGCCAUAUUUUCAUUGGACUAGAAAGUAUGUAAACUCAAAACACAAUGCAGUCAACAAUUAAGCAUUUUUAAAACCAAACAACAUCUACAGAAGGGAGCUGAACCUGCAUUUGAAACUCUGAAAUGAAUGUUAAAGCUAAAAUAUUUAACUUUAACUGGAGUGUGCAUUCUAUUCCACAAUGUUCUAUGCAGCAUAUCACUGUACAGUAUACAGAUUUGAAACUGAUUUAUUUUAGAUUCUUUCCCAUCCAUACAAAUAACAAAAAGUUUUUUUUCAAGUAAAUCAAUCAUCUCAAUUUGAUUUAGAAACUGCUUUUAUGGUUUUACAGGGGAAGUUUUGCGGAUCUAUCCAAUCGUUCAACUCAUGGUAAAAAUCACAAGAUGGCAUAAUUAUAUUCAUAGGGAAUGUGAGAUACUAAGUUAAUGGGUUAAGCAUAGAAAUGUGUGAUGAAGAGUAAUUUAAUUGGUUAAAGAAAGUAGGACUUACUUAUUCAUUCUGGCAGCUAUCAAAUUUUCAAAAAAUUCCAGACCUGCUUCUUAUUUGUGUUGCAAUAAGGUUUUUCCCUCCAAAAUGUAUUUUUUUUCUACUGAAGAUUAUCAUUGUGUAUUCUGCAUUUAGAUGUUAUUUCUCUAAAAUUUUUGUUGCCCGAAGAAGCCAUAUCUUUUUACUCUUUUACCCAAUUGUAGUUUCUUUUCUUCAUCCCUUGUGAAAUUAAAACUGUAGAUCAGUCUAUGUAACUCACGUGGUACAAACUGGAAGUACAUAAUUUUCAGGCAUACAUAGACUUAUCCACAUUCCAUCAAAUAAGGUUCUUAAAGAAUUGAUAAAAUUUGAUUUUGGUUUCUUGAGGAUUGGUCCCAAUGUCCAAAUUUAUAAAUGGGCAUGAAAAGUAGGACUGAUAAGAGUACAUUUGCAAUAUGUGUAUCUACGUAAUGCAAGAAAGCAUAACUACAUUCAAGGAGUUAUGAUGGAAACUUUUUGUCCACAUUUUCCUAAGCUUGAUUCAGAGGAGUGAAAUAAAGGAAAUGAUGAAAAGCAGCUGAAUUGAAUAGUAGUAGAGAUAAGUAGAAAAAUAAUUUUCUAGCUGCAGCUAACCUAAUUCCUCAAAGUUAAGCAAAAACUUUUAUUAUAUGAAUCAGUUUUCAGUUUCACUUCAAAUUAUUCUUUAAUGCCAGUCCUGGAAUACACUUCAUAAUCGUUUUCACCACUAAUCCUCAAAUGUUUGUCUAGAUACCUGGAUUUCACACCACAGCUUGGAGUCAUUUUUGUGCCAAGUAUAAAAUACCAGAGAAACUUCCUAUUUGAAUUUCUUUACUGGAUUAUUGUUCUUCCACCAGAAUACCACCGUUUUAUACAACUUGUUUAUCUUGAUCCGCCUAAUCUAUAGAGAGUUUUAAGGAUGUGAUGGAACCUUGCUUUGACUUUUAAGGUCUAAAACACCAGCUCUAGGAAAUAAAUUCUUGACAAAUGUAAUAGUAUUUUUGGAUAAAAAGUAAAGUGUCCUUUGAGUUGAGCUUAAUUCCUUUGACUCCAUGGCCACAAACCUAUAAUUUCUUUGGUAACAAUGUGCAGAUGAUUUGCAAUUGCCUUCUGUAAAGACAUUGACACCCCUGGUUUAUAUACAGUUAGUAAAUCCUUGUGUCCAUUUAUUUUUAUCUGGGUUUGGUGUGAAAUUUACCCAUUCUGACUUAUAACUACUGUUUCUUUGUAGAGAUGGGUUUGUAUAUCUGUCACUAAGCGAAAAACCCAACCAACCAUCUAAUGGCUUAAUAUUAUUUGUGAAGCAGGAAUAUUCCUGUUAUUUAUGCCAGUGAAUUACUGCAGAGGAUGAAAAAUAUCACUCCAGGAUUGUUGUUAGAUACAGAGCUGCAAUUCUUGCUGAUCCAACUACUUGAUCAAAUGUUCUUACAAGCUCUUGUAAAGUAUACAUGAAACAUGAAAGGUAGUCAUAAGAUUCUUAGUUCUCUUUCAUUUCCUAUGGAUUGAAACCAUAAGGAAUGAAAGCAGGACUGCCAUAUUUCUUCUUUGUCUGCUUCUUGGCAAUAUCUAAAAAAAAACAGACCUUUUGGAUGCAGCAUUGUAUUCUUAUCUUAAGCAUCUUCCUUUGCUGCAUUAUACAUUCAUUUAUGUGUAGUAUAGACUACAUGUUUUUUAAAAUAUAUAUAUAUAUAUAAAUAUAUAUAAUGGCUAUGUGUUGGCAAGCUGCCCUACUGUGUCUAAUUUAGAAUAUUUAGCAAGCAACCAUUUGCUCAUACUAAAGCCUUAACCAAACAUAUAUUUCUCAAGCAAAGACAUUCCGCUACAGAUGUUUGUCUUAAAGAAUAACUGGAUACAUUUAAGAUAGUACAGGUAAUUCUGAAACAUUCAAUGAAUGACAUUAUUUAUUUUGGUUUUGCAAUAGUCCUACAGUGUUAACAUUUGUAAACUUCAUGUAAACUUUUUUUUUAAUUAUUACUUUGGUCUAAAGAAACGUAAGGUUUGCCUUGGACAAUUAACUGCCUUGUGUGAUUAAUUUGUUCUCAGUUUAUCUGGAAGACAGCCAUAGCUGCAUAUGAGGAAAUUAUUUUUCCCCUCAGUUAUCUGAAAGCUUCACGACAAGUGCCUUCCUGUCAUUGUACCAAAAGGCCUCCCAAAGCAUUGUCUAUAAAGUGAACAACUGUAAUGCAUUUUCCAUUAGUGUUUUAUUAUGCUAAAGUCAAAGCAGUUUAUUGUAACUCAAUGGCAUUUCUUUUUCAACAUUAUUAUUUCUUAAUCACAGUUUAGGCCUACAUAUUACAGGAUGAGCGUCUGUAAACUUUUGCACUAAAUAGAUGAAGUCGUCCAUCUUAAUAUGUAAAUAGUCAGAUGGUGUUGGAUAGGCAACUCAUGCUAGUAAAAGCUUUUCAUUACUUUGGAAUGCAUUUGGCAUUAAAGAAUACCAAAGAAAAACUGCACGUGAGAAUGUUUUGUGAGUUGAAUGGAUUUUUUUUUUCAUUGUGAGGAAUUCUUUUUUCCUUUUCCUUUCCUCUAGUUUUGAUCUGUGUGUUUGGAAGAGAAAUGUAGGCUUAUUUGAAUAAUAGCAAUACUGAGAUGGAAAGAAUACCAAAAUACUUAUGCCUUGCAUUUGGAUAAUACUGGCUGUGGGUUCAGUCCAGACAAACUGAAGCACUUUUCCAUGUAUCUUUUGCUAGACAGUGGUUUACUAUAAUAAUUUGUGAUUCCUUUUAUUCUAUUCAACAUCCGGUCUUCUUGUAUAAUAGAUAAUCUAUUAUAGAAAGCAUAAUUCCAUUGAAUUUAGAGAGAAAAUUUCUGAAACGUGUUUUAACUCGGUCAUUCUCAAAGGUUCUGAUUCUACACCUCCCUAAAAUAAUCAAUGAAUUUGAAUAACUAAAUGAAUAAAACAAACCCAUUCUUAGGAGUUAGAGCUGAGCAAGAAAUAAAUACCCCAUUUACUGAAAGAUAUGCCAUUAUCAUCACAAACGUUUGACUUAAAUCUGAAUUGGAUGAGCACUGUGGUUAUAGUGAUCAUUUUAAACGCUUAUCUUCCCACCUACCAAAAAUUUCCAUUUUGAAAGGCUAGAAAUUGAACAUAAUGGUUAAAAAUAUUGAAAUUUACUUCUAUAGUCACACCCAAAUUACAGAUAUUCUAUUACAUGCCAUAUGGGAAGUCACCACUUGGCAAGAAUUUGUCAGCUGGCAUCAGUCACAGUGCUGCUCUGAUUGGCAAAUGGUGCUGACAGUUGGCUAGACCCACAAGUUUAGAGGUCCUGAGCUUUUCUCUCAGGCAAAUCAUAAAUGAUCAUUAACAGCCCUCCUGCCUGCUUUGUUUGGGCAAGUCUGAUCAACUAAAAAUGCUGUAACCUUCCCUCCAUGCUCCCCCCCCCCAGGUUCAUAAUCCACCCUUUGAGAAUAUCUGUUUUUCCUUACACAUUAGCGGUCACAGGAUUUGAGAAGAUGCAUAUGUCUUUGGCUUGAUUGGACUCUGCCUAUCUAUACAUCUUACUUGGAAUGCAUCACAUUAUAAACAUUUGCAAAGAGAGCAUUUGAUUAUAUAGAAAAGCUGCUUCUUGACUGUUGGUUUCAACCCAUUGCCUGUUGUAUUUUUUUGGGGGGGAGGGAUGGGGGUGUUAUAUAUAUUGUACUAUAAGAUUUUUUUAAAAAGGAGAAAUUAUCUACGAUAUUUUCUGGUUGCUACAAAAAAUGAGACGCCUCCAUGGUGGCAAUUUUAAAUAGUGUGUCUUUUCUUCAGCGGAAGCCCUCUGAAAUGUUAUUCUAUGGAGGCAAGUACUGUUGAACUCACUGAGUAAACUGUUGUGCUUAUGGAGAGCAGUAUAUGAGGAAGCUCCCUCAGGGUUUCUUAAAUAAAUUCUUUCCUUAACCAGCUGCAUCCCCUCAUGCUCUCCCAGAGAAUCAAGCAAGGAUUGGACAAAAGACUUAACACUGCUUCCUCUAAUGCUGUGAUUUUUGGACACCCCAAAAAACCAAUCCUAUAGACUCAUAACAUACGUGACCUUCAUAGAUGCUUUAGUGCCUAUCUGAUGUGAUCCAUGAAUCAUCCUUUAUCUUGAUACAUUGGAUGAUUAAUGAACAUAAGUACACAAGCAAAGAAACUGCAUUUUUUUCCCCUUAUUUCAGCUGUGCUAACUUGCAAAUGUCUGUUGUCUGCUUCACUGGCCAAUCAGUAAUCCUGCUUGUAAAAAUGUUGUUUAUUUCUGAAUGCCUGUAUGUAACAAAUUUAACACGUUGGUAUCUGCAUCUCUCUGGAUUUCCAGGGCAUUGUGCAUAAUGUUGAAGGAAGGUGCUGAGAAAAAUUGUAUAGAUUCAUUUAGGCCAAAAUUGUAUUAUGCCAAGGGACCCCUGAAGUCCACUUGCACAGGGCCUGCGAGAGACUGAAAAUUUUGACAAUCUCACUUUUUCUUUUCUUUUCUUUUUUAAAAAGUCCUCAUAAUUUCAAAGAUGGAUACCUGAAAAUAAGUUGACGGAAAAAAAUAUAUCAGAAAGGAAGAUGCAAUAAAAAGAGUGCAUAGAUGUAUCCUAGAACUCUUCAUGAGGAAAACGACUGUCAUAAUUAGUAUACUGUAAAUCAGUGUUUCUCAACCUUGGCAACUUGAAUACGUAUGGAUUUCAACUCCCAGAAUUCUGGGAGUUGAAGUCUACAUAUCCUCAAGCUGCCAAGGUUGAGAAACACUGCUGUAAAUAAUAAGCACAAUAAAUUGCAAUCCAUAGUUGUUGUUUUUUAAAAUCAGAUAACUGGUGUCUCAGGAAGGUGGUCAUUAUAUACCCUACCAAUAGACCGGUAAUUUUUGUGUUGGAGAAAAUGAAAUGCAAGUUACGUUAUGCACAUAAUUAUUCAGCUUGUGUUGUAUGUAUCCUCAUACCUGUUCAUUCCUGAUAUCAGUUGCCAUCAAAUAUUGACAAAGAACAUGGAAUGUAAAAUAUAUAAAAACCCAGUCUACUGUUAUUGAGCUUCUCCCCAUCUCCCCUCCCCGCCCC